AGAAUCAUGCAUAAAUUGAAUCCUGAACCUAAAUUGGAAUACAGUAACAUAAGCAUCGUGAAUGGGAACUAAAAUCGGAAUGGGCCAAAACGGGAACUGGGAGUGCCCGUUGUCAGGCCAGUAGUGAUGGCUUCUCAACUGCGAGAGCUUUGACAGAAGCGACAGGCCGGAAAACAGAAAAAUAGUCGCUCAAAAACAAGGAGCUGUAUUACUGUUAACUAACUACCUUUAUGUGUUGACUCUAUUCCUUUUUCACUCUUUUGAUCAAAGCAGAAAUUAGUCCACUAAGCUCCACCACCACUGCCUGAACCCUAACUUCUCCAAAAUGCCCCACACCACCACCUCCACCGCCGCCGCCAUCUUUCUCAUCCUCCUGAUCACCACAGCAACCUCCUCCCCAAUAAUCCCGGGGCUAGACUCAUUCCUCUCACGACAAUCUCACACAGACCCAAAAUCCACAAAUGACACAUUCAACACCCUCCCGUCCUCCCUCAAAAACUCCCUUUCCCACCACUCUAACCCAACUCAUAUCCCUUCUCUCAUAACCUCCCUUCUCUCUCUUUCUCUCCCUCUCUCCCUCCACAUCCGCCUCGUGGGUCCCUCUUUUCCUCCCGACUCCUCCUCCCUCCUCUCCUCCUUCCUCUCUUCCACCCAAUCCUCCGACCACUUCCACGUCAUCACUUCCGAUUCGCCCCACCAUCAGCACCGCCUCUCCAUCAAACACUCCCCCCACCUCGACAUCUCCCACGCAGGCUCCGCUCUCACCUCACGCCUCUCCGAAUCCCUCCAAUCCGCGAUCUCCCAAACCCCUUCUUCCCUGCGGUCCCCACUCCUCUCAAUUCCCUACAAUGUAAUUGAUGAUAUUAUAAAACAAGAUUUUGACAAGGAAAAAUCUGUUCUUGGGAUUUAUAUUUACUUGCUUUCUUUAGGCGCUCAAAGUAAAAACUAUGCUUAUAGUUACACUCCUGGUGACUCAUCUCCUGGUUUUACUAAAUGUUUGGGUACUAUUUGGACUGGUAAAGAGAGAUAUUUAUGGAUUGAUCUCUCUGCUGGUCCUGUUGAUUAUGGUCCUGCUUUAUCUGGUGAUGGGGUCUUACCCAGAGGUGAGUUUCACCCUCUUGCCGCUAUGCACGGUCGGCCCAAGUCCCAAAAGGCUCUUCUUGCUGAUCUGAGCUCAUUGAUUUGGAGUGCUUAUCAGGUUCUGCUUGUGCCCUCUUUGAGAAUACCUGUCCAUUUUGAGACUUCUUUAAUUGUUGAAUUUAUUCAUGUUUAUGGGUCUGAAAGUAAUACUGGUGGUUUGGAUUGGAAAGCUAUUGAGAAGAAUUUUAGAGAUGAGGCUGGUGAGGAGGGGUUGUUGUUAGGGGAUCAGUCUUUGGUUUUUAGGAACUAUGCUAUUCAUUUUGCCGAUUGUCCAAUUUGUUCUUUUGCUGUUUCAAGGUCUAUUAAUUCCUAUACUUCAAGGUUUUUGUUUGAUAAUUAUACUUUGAUUGUGAGUGAGUAUGUUGAUUCGAAGAAAUUGCAUCAGAUUUUAUCUGAAUCUGCUGAGGAGUUUAGGAGGAUGGCUGGGAUUCCUGAGGAGGAUUUUGGUAGGGUCCUUCCUGUGUAUGUGUUUGAUUUGGAUUAUAAUACACUGUUGUUGCUCGAUCGGUAUCAUCAAUCAGUUGCAUUUAGAGAUAUGGUCAUUGCUGUGAGGACCAAGACUACACAGACUGUGAGCGAUUAUAGCUGUAAUGGACGUCAUGUGUUUACGCAUACUAGGGAGCUUGAGCGACCGCUUGUUGGUUCUAUUUUACAGAGUAUGUGGGGAGUGUCACCUACCCAUUUGUCAUGGAGCUCAAGGCAUAAUAAUACUUUGGUAGAUUAUACUUGGAGUGUUGGGCAGACUCCCUUUGGGCCUUUCUCAGAGACUUCGUCACUGUCUUUUGUUCAGAAGGAUGCAGCUCGAAGAAAUGUUCUUUUGACGUCUCUGAAUUACAGUAUAACAAGUGCUAUAGAUGUUCUUGAAUCUAUAGCAGCACAUGGUGGCGACAGGAAGCUACUUAAACAAAGUCAACAUGUUGAAUUCAUACAGAGAUGGAACCUGUUCAAGUACAAGCUGGAUAAAGCAGUUUCUGCAAUGUCUCAUUUGGACUUUGAGAUGGCUUUGUAUUACAUGAGAUCCUCAGACCAUGAUCUGUAUGCUAUCCAUUCUCUUGUCUAUCAUGCAUCCCAGGAUUUGGAGGCAUCGUUACUUUGUUUCAAGGAUCCACCCUUUCCAUGGGGCUCUGUUUCAAUAUCUGCAAUAGGCUUUUUUGCACUAUUCUAUGUUUUUGCCAAAAGAGACAAACUGUUUAGAAAUAAAAGAAAGCAGUUUUGAUGCUCUCUAGAGGAGUAGAAUUUUGUAUCAUUUGAAUUCAAUACAACACAUGUAAGCCUGUGAGAAAGUUGUUCAACAGAAGGGGUGGUUGCAAGUUUUGGAACUGGAGAUUCAGGUGAAUUGAAAAAAAAUGAAGGAAAGUUGUGUUCUGCAGAAUUCGAUGAAGACAGGAGGGGAAACUUUAAAAGUAAUCCUAUCAGUUGACAAUGUUUUGGUGGUUAGGGAGCUUUGUGAUAACGGUUGCAUUUUAAUUGAGCCAGGCUCUUUGGAGUAGAAGCUUGUAUCAUGCGAACAUAAAAGAACACAUUUAUGCCCGUGAGAGAGGUAAUCCUCGGAGUCGGAAAUGAUAUUUCGCUGUUACUCAGCUGUUUUUAUGCUGUAUUUUUACAACUCUCUUUAUGGAUGCCAUAUGCAGUAUGCACUUCUUUUGCUUGCAUUUAUUUGGCAUUCCCUUUAUUAUCGGAAGUGGAGACCAUCUAUAUUUUUGAAGUUUUGGGAAGCUAACCCUAUAUGUCAUAGAGAUUUGACAUGUGCCUUCGGGUUGAAAAUGUUGGACUAAACAUGUAAAUCUUCGAAUCUCUGUAACUGUAGGAGAUUUGCGGUUCACAAGAAUGUUUAGCUCCCUGUAUAUAAGUACAAUUCCUGGACGUACAGUUGAGCCUGACAUUUUGAGGGACAAUAUUCGUGGGUUUUGAACCUGACAGUUUGCUCUUCUAAGAUUUUCUUUUGAAAUUCUUAGUACUUGAAGCUUGGUUUUCAUUAUAGAGUUCAAACCAAUUCCAAUUUGUCUCAUGUUAGUUUAAUUUAACCAUCAUCCUUGUGAC